AUGUUAUUUUCUCUUGUCUCUUGUUUCUCUCUUUCUUUUAACUUUCUUUUUUUUUCUCUCAUUCCUAUCUUUUGUUUUACAUUAUCGUUCGUGAUUUUUUUUCGUUCAUUUCCUGGUGUUUCUCGUCAUCUCUUCUCUUAUUUUAUUCCAUUUGACCUUUUUCCUUCAUUCCCUGUCAAUUUUUCCUCUCUCCACUGUUUGGUUUUCCUUAUUUUUUUCUUUUUCUUUGCCUCACACCCUCUUUUCUUACGUGUUAAUCUUCUAGUUUUCUUCCUUUCUUACUUUUCUUCUUUUGUUCGUUUAUUCGUAUUUUUUAUUCUUUCUUACUUUCUCUCUUAUUUUUCCUUUUUAAAGUCUUUGACAUGUAAUCUUUUCGUUUCUUCCCUCUUUCUUUCGAUAGACGCACUUUCAUUUAUAUUUUUUUCUUACUGUGUUUUUUUUCCAUUUUUUUCUGUUUAUAAAAUGUUUUCACAUUUUUAUUUUUUUUUUUCCUUUUCUGUUUCUUUGUACUUUCACUUAGGCUUUUCUCUUAUAUUUUCACUUUUUUCUUUCUUCUUUUCUUAA